CCGUCUGUGUUAUGGCUACAGGUCUCGCUGCAGCGCAGAAGUGUUGUGUAAUAACAACAACUUAGCACUGACGGCUCCAGAGGUGGAUGCCCUUUGCUUGUCCCCAGGCAGGCUCAGCACAGGCGGAAAUAGACUGAGCUUCGCCCCACCUUGGGGCUGAGAGCCGAGGAGCAGGACAGGCUCUGGGGCACAAGGGGGAAACCCUGCCUAAUUGGCACAAGUGACUCCAAGACCCUCUGUCACACACAACGAAUGAGUGAGCCAGGAUGGCUGGGGCAUGCCCUUCGCUCUUGCCCUCUCAGGCCUAGUGCAUGGGUGAUCAUUCUUUGCAUUUAUUAGUUCCCAGAGACGUCGUCAGUUGCCCCGUGCUCACCAGAGUGAACUGGCAGAGGAUGGAGGUGACCAGCAGCAGCUUGGCGAAGGGUUCUCCUCUAGAAACUGGAGUGCAACUGCUGUGAAGAUGGAGAAUACAAAUGCCCUCAGCCUGAACAGCCCUGCACCAGGGCCUGCCACAGCUGGAUCUGUAGCCUGAUAGCACAAGGGCUGUUUCUGGAGUGGGGGAGCGCCCGUCUCGGCCACAACAGGCUGCUCCUGUUAAGAUCUCUCAUGAAACUUAAUGCAAAGGUGCUCGCUCUGCCGUCCUGCGAACUACAGGUGCAGCCUUCUCUGCCCCCCCAAGAAGAGCCCUGCCACAGGCAGCAGAGCCCCCCCCCUCUCUGCUUGCUGAAGUAUCCCGAGCGUGGGAUGUGGGGAGAGCAGGGGUGGGGAUAAAUGGUCUUUUGACCCCUGGCUCCCAAGGAACUGCAGCCACUAGCCCAGCCACGGAGCAGCGCAGCCCUGGGUCGCUGGUGAAUGGGGCACGCGAGCGCUGAUGGGAAAGCACUAGUCGUCUGGCUACACGGAGUCUCUGAGGGGGCCCAGGCUGUAGCCUCUUCCAGGCAGAAAGCUUGACUGUUCUCGCCUUGCUCAGCCCGAUGCCAGGAGCCGAGGGCGCUGGUCGCUUGUUGCUGUCAGCAGCAUGCCUGGGCCCUGGGCAGACGUAACUCCUAGCCCACAGGCAUCCUGAGGAGCCUGACUGUCUGGAGCGAGGUCUUGGCGGGGAUGGGGAAGCUGCCCCAUCCGGGCUGGUGAGCUCCAAAGGAUGUCAGCGUCCUCUCUGAAAGCCACUCUCCAUGCAGCCUCCCAGUUCACAGUGGUGAUGGCGCUGCCAGGCUUCUCAUGGACCGUACUACUGCUGCUCUGCACAGUGGAGCAGCUGGGGGCCCUGGCCAUGCACAUGGAGGCUGGGGGGCCGGGCCUGGAGCAGCCGGGGGCCCUGGCUAUGUACAUGGAGGCCGGGGGCCCAGGCCUGGAGCAGCUGGGGGCCCUGGCCAUGCACACGGAGGCCGGGGGGCUGGGCCUGGAGCAGGCAGGGGACAGCAUGCUGCUGGCAGGUGGACGUGUGAAGCGCGGCUGGGUGUGGAACCAGUUCUUUGUGGUUGAGGAGUACACAGGCACGGAGCCGCUCUACGUGGGAAAGAUCCACUCGGACUCGGAUGAGGGGGACGGGUCCAUCAAGUACACCAUCUCCGGGGAGGGCGCAGGAACCAUCUUCCUCAUUGACGAGGUCACAGGCGACAUCCAUGCCACCGAGCGCCUGGACCGGGAGCAGAAGACGUUCUACACGCUGCGGGCACAGGCCCGGGACCGCCAGACCAACCAGCUGCUGGAGCCUGAGUCUGAGUUCAUCAUCAAGGUGCAGGACAUCAAUGAUAGCGAGCCCCGUUUCCUGGAGGGGCCCUACAUCGGCAGCGUGGCCGAGCUGUCCCCCAUAGGCACGUCCGUGAUGCAGGUGAUGGCAUCAGAUGCCGAUGACCCCACGUACGGCAGCAGUGCCCGGGUGGUCUACAGUGUGCUGGAAGGGGAGCAGCACUUCACAGUGGACAGUAAAACAGGUGUGAUCCGGACGGCAGUGGCGAAUCUGGACAGAGAAACUCAGGACCGGUAUGAAGUGGUGAUCCGAGCCACAGACAUGGCAGGGCAGCUUGGUGGCCUGUCUGGAUCCACCACAGUCACAAUUGUGAUCACAGACGUCAACGACAACCCUCCACGAUUCCCACAGAAGAUGUACCAGUUCAGCAUUGUGGAGACUGCCCGUGUGGGCACUGCGAUCGGGAGAGUGAAGGCGGAGGACUCGGAUGUUGGGGAGAACACAGACAUGACGUACCAGAUCAAAGAUGAGGAGGGGGUGCAGAUGUUUAAAGUCACCACAGAUAGCAACACCCAGGAGGCGAUCAUCACCGUGCAGAAGCCCCUUGACUAUGAGGCCAAGAUGGUUCACACUGUGGUGGUGGAGGCCCUGAACAAGUUUGUGGACCCGAGGUUUGUGGAUCUGGGCACGUUCCGAGAUCAAACCAUUGUGCGGGUCUCUGUGCUGGAUGUGGAUGAGCCCCCGGAGUUCCAGCCCCCCUCCGACCUGAUGGAAGUCCAGGAGGAUGCCUAUGUUGGCUCUGUGGUGGGAGUGGUCACCGCCCUGGACCCCGAUGCUGCAAACAACCCUGUCCGAUACGCCAUCGAUAGCAACACCGACCUGGAGAGGAUCUUUGACAUUGAUGCAAACACAGGCGCCAUUGUGACAGGCAAAGUCCUGGAUCGGGAGACGGCAGGGUGGCACAACAUCACGGUCCUGGCAAUGGAAGCAGACAAUCAUUCUCAGGUGUCUAGAGCAUCUCUGCGUAUCCGAAUCCUGGAUGUGAAUGACAACCCACCCGAGCUGGCCACGCCAUAUGAGGCUGCGGUAUGUGAAGAUGCCAAGCCCGGCCAGCUAAUUCAGACAAUAAGUGUCGUGGAUCGUGAUGAGCCUCAGAGCGGCCAUCGCUUCUACUUCACACUGGCCCCGGAAGCCACCAACAACCACCACUUUUCUCUGCUGGAUAUCCAGGACAACACAGCCGCGGUGCACACGCAGAGAGUGGGCUUUAACCGCCAGGAGCAGGACAUUUACUUCCUUCCCAUUCUGGUGGUGGACAGUGGGCCUCCCGCCCUGAGCAGCACGGGGACUCUGACCAUCCGGGUGUGUGGUUGUGACAGCACAGGGGCCAUCCAGUCCUGUAACAGCACAGCCUACGUCAUGUCGGCAACGCUGAGCCCCGGAGCUCUCAUCGCACUCUUGGUUUGCAUCCUCAUCCUGAUCGUGCUGGUUCUCCUAAUCCUCACUCUGAAGCGACACCACAAGAGCCACCUGACAUCAGAGGAGGAUGAGGACAUGAGGGACAAUGUCAUCAAGUACAAUGAUGAGGGGGGUGGGGAGCAGGACACCGAGGCCUACGACAUGUCAGCCCUACGCAGCCUCUAUGACUUCAGUGAGCUCAAAGGCGGCGACGGCGGGGGAGGGCCAGGAGAUGGGGGCAUGACUGGUAACCUGCCCUCCGAGCUCCAUGCUCUCCCACAGUGGUUCCAGAACCCAGACCUGGACUUCUCCAUGUUCAGAGACUACAUCAGCAGGAAGGUGGAUCAGGCAGACGAGGAUCUGUCUGUCCCACCAUACGAUUCGUUCCAAACCUAUGCCUUCGAGGGCUCAGACUCCCCUGUCCUGUCCUUGAGCUCCAUCAACACCUGGUCCACCAGCUCAGAACAGGACUUCUCCUAUCUGAGCAGCUGGGGGCCGCGCUUCCGGCAGCUGGCGGCUCUCUACGCCGGGCAUAAAGGUGAGGAGGAGAGCGAAGAAUCCUAGCCACAAUUAACCAAAAACCCACAAUGAGACGGAGACAAUGAUUUCCAGACUUGGGGAUUCUCCAGGCUUCCCAUGUCUUCGAGGGCUGCUGCGGAAGCAAGCUCAGGUCAAACAAUAAGGACAAUAUGUCAUCCAGAUAGCAGAGUCCCUCCACUACCCACCCUGGCAUGGAAGGAGAGGCAUCAAGGACCAUUUUGGACAGGGCGAGUGAUGGCUUUAUGAUGUGCUCUUUGUUAGCCGCCUCUCAUUAGAGGCUCUGUAGCACACACAUAGCGAGGCUGAAGUGCCCAAAGGAGCUGUUGUUACCAUCCUAAUCGCUUUCAUAGCAAUCUCCAUUAAAGCACUCCAUGUUAAUUUAAGAAAGAGAAAAUCUAAUUCAAGAAAAUUUGGACGGGAUUUUCCCCCACAAAUUAUCAUUUAAAUCGAUCUGUCCAAUGAGCCCAGUUAAGGAGAGGAAGAAAGAAAGAGAAGCUUUUUGUUGUCUAAAUUGUUUUUGUCACUUGAUUCAGAGCAUUUAAUGUGCUUUGAUUUUUAAGAGCUUUCCUUGCAGAGCGAAACCAGCUUUUAACUUUUAUUCUGUUUUCUCCCCCUUUAUAUUUACUGACUUUCCUUGUAUUGCGGUUCCUCUAGUUGUGGCGAGCUGGUGUUUCUGUGCAGAAUCCCAGCUGCUUACACUCAGUGGAGCAGUUUACAUUUGCUGAGUUUUGGAGGUCCUGGGUGCUAAUUCCUAGGUCAGGGUCCCUUUAAAGAGAGGUUUUUACAUUAGGGUCUGGGCUUGGGUUUCACCUCAUGGGUUUUAUUAGAAUUUUCCUGUCCGUUUUUGCCAUGUAUCACAGAUAUUUAUGUUUAUGCCAACAUCUACCCCUCCUGCUUAACCCACAGUGAAGUCAUUGUUCUGAGGCUCUGGCAUCCCAAUGAUCCCCAUGCCAACAAACUGUGAUAUCACUAAUACAGGAUACGACUAUGUGGCUGGACUGUGGGCAGUGAUGCUGAAAUGUGGAGGAGGAAGCUCUCUGAGCCCAUGUCGUAGAGGUAACAGUAGAGGGAAUGCAAAGCACCCCUACAGCACAGCGCUUUGUGUGGGAAGUUCUCAGCCAGUCCCAGGGCCUGAUGUCUCAUGUUCGUAUGGGUUGCAGUGUACGCUCUCACAGGCACAGCACUUCAGCCAGCCUGCUGCAGCAUCCCCGAAUGAGGUAGCCUGGAUGGCUGAGAAAGGAGUGAGCCUCCUUGGCCUAUUCAGUUCUUGAGCCACAGUCUGCAACCAACAAGAGUGGCAAGUAGUGCCAGCUGCGUUUGUGGGUGUGAGGUGGAUGGGCUUUCCAGCAGGCACAGGCCUGACAACACUAACAACUCAUUUCACCUCAGCCACUGAAUAUCAGUCAGUUGAUCACAGCCUUUGAUGACAAGUCCACCCCAGCUCUGGGAUCAGGCCUUGUGGAGGUGCCAGACACCACACGCCAUCAGCAAAGCCAAGCCACGCUAUCCCCCAAACCCAACUUUUUGUUGUUGUUGUUGUUGUUGUUGCAAGUUUGCCCUAGAAUGAGAGUCCCUUCAGGUUUCCACAGAAACUGCUGGCCGAAGAGUUCUGUUUAUAUUUCAGGGCGAGCAGGGGCUUUAGGAAAACUUACCAGAGAGUGUGAGCCAUCGGUCCCCCAAGGGGGUGAUCAAAGUAUGAGCACAAUGUAGUACCAGGAAACAUAGGGUGGUUAAUUCGGAGCUGCCUGGCAAAGAGCAGUGCUGGACGAUGAGAACUGGGGUCAAUGAGGUGGGAGAGCAGAGGCUGUCCGAAUGCCGUGGUCCACGAAAUGGCAUUUGAGGGACAUGCUGAGUAUCGCAGGGAUGUCUUCAGAUCAGUGACAUUCUCAGAGUAAAUCCCAGCUAACGUUUCGGAGUCCUGUUCAGCAGGGCACACAAGCAGCUUCUUGUGUAGCUCUGGCUACAGCAGCUUAUCUGCUGAUAUGGGAAAAAUCAAUGUUGUAAUUGAUACAUAACUGAUAAGGCCUGCCAAGGCUUGUCAUAGUCAUUGGGUUUGUCCCCUUAGCCUAGCCACAGUGUUUUCUAUCCCAGUUGCCAAUUCCUUGGAGACCGUGUUUGAAUAUAAAUGUAUGUGCAUGUUCAUUUUAUAUUGUGUUCUGGUUCCCAGUAGCUUGUAUUGCCCUGAGCUGUAGAGAGAGCCCCAUGCUGUGGUAUGGAGGGGGCUAGAAGGACAUGUUAGAAAAAUAAUAGUCUCUGCCUGUUGCUCCUGCAACAACAGGUUCCCCCUCCCCUGCUGCAGCCACUCAAGGCUCACAUGCUGUUAAGCAGCUGAGUCCCCAACUCAGGUGUUUUUUGGGAGACUCUCCCAAGGCAGCCGGAAUUCAGCAUUUAAACUUUGAACAAGCAGAGUUGCUCAUCUCUCUGGGUCUCAGUAUGGCUGCAAAGGCUGGGGGAGCCGCCCCUCUCUUGGUAUCUGUGCAAGUCUCUCAUGUCCUGGAUGCUACACGUUGUCUUGUUAGUCCUUUACUGUGAUUUUUCCCCACUGAUUUUAGAGAAGCAGCCAGAUAAAUGGCCUGUUUCGUUUACCAGGCAUUCAGACGGGCUUUACUCGGUAGCUGUUCCUCCUGCCCCCAAAGCAUCGCCUUUGAGCAUGCUCAGUCACUCCCAGACAAUGCCACCAAUCCAGGAGUAAGAGAAUGGAGAAAGGCCUCUCUUUCCUCAGGAACUUUUUUGUGUUUUCCCUCUGGGACAAUGAACCACUCUGCCCAAUCCCCUGCUGAACUGGCCUUUGCUUUAGGAAGGGCCUCAUGCAAUUGCCAGGGAUUGUCUAAGCAGAGGAUGCAGUCUUACAGGGUAUGUAUUCUGAAUUACCAAACUGGCUUCCACUUGUGCAUCCUGAACCAGCCAACCCCUCCCCAACACACACAACCUCUUCUGCAUUUUUAUUUUUAAUUCCAUCUGUAAAUGCAAUGGUCUGGAGCAGCCCAGCUCAGCUCCUGUCUGGGAUCAGGUUGCAGAGGUGCCCAGGCAACCCUGCUGGCGUCACUCCCACACCACACUGUGCUCAUGAGCACCCCCUACAGGAAGGAGCUGGCAGACUGUUUGGGUGUUUGAUGGCGUCACUUUGCUUUUUUCCCUCUAUCCAAACAAAAUCAGGAGGUUGAUUUUCUCAUCCUUGUUAUUUUG